AUGCUAAGUUGGUGGACAUUUAGGGCAUUCGACGAGUUAGUUGAAAAAGCGACAUCAGAAGACAUCCCAGCGGGGAUAGAAGAUCUUACUUCAUGUCUUGAAAUAUGUGAUAAAAUUAGGAGUAAAUCAGUUCCUUCAAAAGAUGCAAUGAGGAGUCUUAAGAGGAGGAUGGCACACAAAAGCGCCAAUGUUCAAAUUCUGACAUUAAAACUUAUAGACCUGUGUGUAAAAAAUGGAGGAGAUCAUUUCUUGUUAGAAAUAUCAUCUAGAGAGUUUAUGGAUAAUCUUGUGUCAUUAUUGAAGACAAAUAAGACAACAGAACAUGAUGUUACAGCGAAAGCAGAUGUUAGGAAGAAGAUAUUAGAACUUAUUCAAGUAUGGGCAGUUUUGUUUGAAAAAAAGAAACAUCUUGGCUAUGUUUGUACAGUAUAUGAGGAUCUUCAGUCACAAGGAUACGAAUUUCCGCCAAAAGAGCCUCUUAAUUCGACAUUCAUUGAUUCAUUUUCACCCCCAGAAUGGAGUGAUUCUAGCAUUUGUAUGCUUUGUAGAACUAGAUUUACAUUUAAAAACAGAAAACAUCAUUGUAGAAAUUGCGGGGGAACCUUUUGUCAAUCAUGCUCUUCAAAAUCACGACCUCUUUUAUAUAUUGGUAUUAUUGAACCAGCUAGAGUCUGUGAUAAUUGUUAUUCUAAAAAAACGCAAACUCCUGCUAUUUCUAUGCCUAAUAAUGUUUUGGACAUGGAAAACCCUAAAAAUACAAAUAUAGAUGAUGAUAGUGAUUUAAAAUAUGCUAUAAAAUUGUCUUUAGAAGAAAGUAAAUUACAAGAAUCAAAAUUUCAACAAGACUUUCCUAAAGAUCACAAAAGACAAUAUUCAGAUGAUGAAGACUUAAAAAAAGCGAUUUCAUUAAGCUUAAAAGAAUCGGAGCAAUCAAAAUCAGUCAGUUUUACACCUAAUGUAAAAACAAUUGUUCCAGAUCUUCAACCUAAAUUUGAGCAUGAACUUACUGCAUUAGAGAUAGAAAACAUUAAUACUUUUUGCAUGUUAAUUCAAAAACUUCAAAUGGCACCUAUAGGAUCAAUUUUAAGAGAUCAUUAUGUUCAAGAAUUACAUGAUUCAGUUAUAAAAUUAAAACCAAAACUUAUUCGUUCUUUAGGCAAUACUAUUAGUAAAUACGAAAAAUUAAUUGACAUUCAUUCUAAACUUUCAACGGUCAUGAAAUAUUAUGACAAAUUAUUGGAGGAUCGCUUAUCUACUGCCUAUUCAAGACAUCAUGUUUCUUCUAUUCAUGAAAAAAGUUCUUUACAUCCUUUUAACCAAACUUAUGAUCCAUCUUUAUUAACACCAACCUCUUCAAUGCCUUCUGAAUAUUAUUCACAUUAUAAAGAACUUCGGCAACAGAAAAAUACUUCAUUCUAUUCAUCUUAUAUACCAUCACAACAUGCUUCUUCAACUUCUAUUUCACCUUCAAAGGAAAUUAUUUCUUCCACCAUACCAAAUUAUUCAUCAAACACAUUUUCACAAGACACCUUCACAAAUAAACCUUCUUCUACUUUUAUUAAGGAUUCAUGUUCACCUAUUCAUGAUCAACAUAACCCAAAUCACUCAUCUUUGCAUCAAAAAAACCCUUUACAAGAUAAAACUGAACCAUCAACACAAGUAUCUCUCAUUGAUUUAUAA